AUGAAGACAUGUCCGCCCCAACUCGAUCUUCUCGCUGUCGAUCAUCAUCGACCUCUGGUCGCCGCCGAUCAUCCAGAGUUGUCGCCGAUUGUCCACCAAGCCGACCAACGACCUCUCUGCCGAUCUCCUUUCUCCCUCUCCAACCAGAUAAUGGACGAAAACCUCACCACUGUUGUUGACUGUGAAACAACUUUAAAAAUGAAAAAACCAAAAUUCGGAUGGGAUAAUCGUAGCUUCAUGGCGUUUGUUGAUUCAUGUGUAACUGAAGUAAGAAAAGGCAAUAAAACCGAGUGGAAGUUUUAUGACCGAUUAAUGAGGCUUGAAACCGGACUCGGUGGGACGAGAAGCCUAAUAGAUGCAUCGCCCGAAUGGUGGGAGGAGAAAAUAAAGGUGAAUAAAGAUUAUGCAAAAUUUAGGAACGCGGAUUUGAGCAUAUUUGAUGAGAAAUAUGUUCUUUUGUUUCGAGAUUCCGUUGCCGUUGGAGAUCAGACUAUGACUCCAUUACAGUUUCAAAACAAUAGCAAUCCAAACGGAGAAAAUGUGGAGGGCAAAGGAGAUAGUGAUGAUAUAAAUUUAGAUGAUGAUGUUGAGCUGCUUUUUCCUAGUUUCCAUGAAAGUAGUUCGAGUAAGAAUAGAAGGUCUAAGCUUGCUUCCAACAACCGUUCAACCAAGAGUAAAAGUUCAGUAAUUGAAGAAAAAGUAGAUGCUUUAUUGGAUGCCAUAUCAACAAAAAGCACACAAACUUAUCCACAUAAUAAUCCUUCGCCAACAAUAGCAGAUUGCAUGGCCAUUGUUACCAAGUUUCCCGAUUUUCGUGAAGGGUCCAACGAAUUUUCACAAGCAUUGUUUGUGUUCACCAAAAAGCAAAACCGUGAAGCUUUUAUGUUUCCAACGAUUGACAAAGCCAAGAUGGGGAUGGAUAGUGAUUACUCUAAUUCUUCUAAUGAUAAUGAAGAAUGGUGGGUGGAAGAGGAUAAAUAA